UCAAAAAAGAAAGGCAUCAACCUAAAGCUUAAUCAUCACAAAACUCUAUAAAAACGUCAAGAUCACAAUUCCAACAAUUCACAAAACACAAAAAUGACGAACACCACCAACAAAUCCACAACACCAUCAACCGAUAUGGAGCUCAAGAAGGUCUUCGACCAGUUCGACUCCAACGGCGAUGGGAAGAUCUCUGUAUCAGAGCUCGGGAACGUUUUCAAAUCCAUGGGAACGUCGUACACGGAGGAGGAGCUCAACCGUGUUCUAGACGACAUCGACAUAGAUCGUGACGGUUACAUCAACCAAGAAGAGUUCGCCGCCAUCUGCCGAUCAUCCUCCUCAGCAGCAGAGAUCCGUGAAGCUUUUGAUCUAUAUGAUCAGAACAAGAACGGUUUGAUUUCGUCAUCUGAGAUCCAUAAGGUUCUCAACCGUCUUGGUAUGUCUUGCUCCGUUGAAGACUGUGUUAGGAUGAUCGGGCACGUUGAUGCCGAUGGUGAUGGUAAUGUUAACUUUGAGGAGUUUCAGAAAAUGAUGAAUUCGCCUGAGCUCGUGAAAGGAUCAUCCGCGAACGCUGGUUCUGCUUAAGGUGAAGAAGAUAUACAAACAUGCAUGUACUUUUUUUUUUUAGGUUUAACAACAAAAGUUGAUUCGAUUCUCUUCCUAAUAUAUAUGGAUGAUGACGAUGAUGAGUUUGUUCUGCAACUAUGAUUACUCUAUAUGGAUUAUGUGUUUUCUCGGUAUUGCUAUUAAAGAUUUUCAUCAAGUUCUUUGA